AUGGGUAGUUCAUUUGCAUUUUUUGUGCUUGUUUUGGUCACUAUGCAUGCAAGUCAUGCACGUACUGUGCCUGGCGAUGUUGGCCUUGUUACCCAGCAAACCAUGAUGUCUGAUAGCGCGAAGGAGCAAAUGUUGGAAGCCAAUGCACCAAAGGCAGGUUCACCAAAGGGUAAUGCUAUUGAUGACAAGAAGAAUUUUAUUUAUGGUGGUGUUGGUGGUUUUGCGGGGAUGGGUGGCUAUGCAGGCAUGGUUGGCGGUCUGCCUUUGGUUGGUGGCCUUGGAGGGAUCGGGAAAUAUGGUGGAAUUGGUGGUGCCGCGGGAAUAGGCGGUUAUCAUGGCAUUGGUGGUCUCGGCGGUUUAGGUGGGGCCGGAGGUUUAGAUGGACCAGGAGGUUUAGGCGGUGGAGCAGGUAAUGGUGGUGGUGCAGGUGAUGCUGGCGGAGGUGCAACUGGUGGUGGCAUUUUGCCACCUCCUUAA